UUUCCGUUUCCCCUCACUCUCUCUCUGCGGAUCAAAACCCUCCAUCGGCUGCCCUUGUCGCCUCUCGCACUGCAAUUUCAUUUUUGGCUUCUCCAAUCUGGAUUUCUCUGUAUGAAUGAGUUCCGAUAGGGAAAUAUUUACAUCUAGAACUUUUUGAUUGUAGAAAGGUCGGACAUUUUCUUUUUAAAAUUUUUUUUAGAUUCGGUACAUUUAUUUUAGAAUUUUUUUCCAUCUGAAAUGUUUGAAUGUUUCUGUUUUUUCAAAUGAUCUCGAGAUCCUUGUGGAGCUUUCAUUCCGAAUGAAGCCCCUUUCUCAAUAACAAGGAUGGAGUGGAAGCUAUUUUUGUGAACACUAUCCUAACUGGUAUUCAGUAGCGGAAUUUGGAGGAAAAAUGUACAAGAGUAGAACACAUCUAAGGGUGCUUAAGGACUGGCAGCCAGCUCAUGUUGUCUUGCAGAGACUAGAGGGCUCUGGUUUUGAUCUUCUUUCAAGGAUCAACAUGGAUUAUAGGGUGACAAUCGAUUUUUUAUUGGCAUUAGUUGAUUCCUAUUCUAUCGAGUUGUCAUACUUUAUUAUCAGUGAAGAAAGAAUAGCCCCGACAUUGGAGGAUGUAGCUAGGAUUACGGGGUUUCCAAUUGAUGGCAUGCCCGUAACUGGCUGUGAUUACAAAGCAGCUGAAUGUUCGGACAUUUGCAAUGAAUUGGUUUUGUCUGCUAGGUUUCUUCAUGAGAAGAACAAAUGUGACAUAAUUAUUAAAGAGCUACUACAUUUUAAGGACAUUUCCCUAGAUAUAGUUGGAGCUGGCCUUGACCCUUAUGUUAGGGCGUACGUUCUUUAUGUUAUUGGAUGUUUUCUUAUGCCUCCAAGGGAUUCAAGGUUGGUGCCUUGCAUGUAUCUCUCCUUGUUGAGAAAUGCUGAUGCCAUAAGGAAUUAUGCAUGGGGAGCUGCUUUGUUAUGCCAUUUGUAUCACAGCUUGAGAGAAUUUAAGAUGACAAGAAUUAAUGGCAAAAAUCCAAAAAUCAUGAGUUUUUGUGCCCCUUUUCUCACGGUUGGGUGGUCUCAAUCAGUGGAGCGCAAGUCAAGAAAUUGUUAUAAUAAAAAGAAAAGAGAAGAAUUUGAUCUGAUGCUCACAAGUGACAAUAUUAUGUGGCGGCCAUAUGCUAGAUUGCGGGAUGAUUUUCUGCCCAAUUAUCUUAUUCGGCAGAUGAGUCUUGCGCUUUCAUGCACAAUAUUAAUAUGUUUUGAAAAAUUGGCAUACCACAGGCUAGACUUGUGCCCGUUGAAGCUGAACUUAUAGGCUGAUUUAGUUCCACGUGAACCAUCCUUAGCUAUCGUCAACAAGAAGCGCACUGCUUCACAAAAAUUUGACUGGGCUUUGAGAUAUGCAAAUUUUGUAAAACUGUGGGAGGAGCGGAGAUUAAAUUUAAUAGUGAACGGAAAUGGUAAUUUAUUUAUCUUGUCCUUUUUUUCAGUGAAACUGUGGGAGGAGCGGAGAUUAAAUUUAAUAGUGAACGGAAAUGGUAAUUUAUUUAUCUUGUCCUUUUUUUCAGUGUUAAAUUUUAUUUAUGUUUUAAUGUAAUCGUGUUUUUUAUGUUUGGUAUUUAUGUUUUAAUGUAAUAGUGUUUUUUCUAUUUGGUAGAUGUGGAUGAAAAUCAAGGGGCUUCGACUUCUAAUGAUAAUUUAUGGACAUUUUGGUUAAUGUUAAUUGUUUGGUGUUUUGGAUUACUAAUGUUUAGUCUUUUUAGUAGAACAUCAAACACCAAUGAUACCAGGAGGAGAUGAAAGUAAUCUAGAGGAGUACUUUCAUAGCCCAAGCAUUGGUGCUUAUAGCAGAGUGGCCAACAUCAUUGAUGAAGGGCCGAAUAAAUCGCCUAUGAUGCCUCGAGUUGAAAGUAAUAUUAGCGGUACUGAUAGUGGAGUGGCCAACAUCUUUGAUGAAGGGCCAAAUCAAAUGCCUAUGAUGCUUGGAGUUGAAAGUGAUAUUGGCGGUACUGAUAUUGGAGCGGCCAACAUCAUUGGUGAAGGGCAGAAUCUUGAAACCAAGGCUCAUGAAAGUGGAGCGGCCAACAUCAUUGAUGAAGGGCCGAAUCUUGAAACCGAGGCUCAUGAAAGUCCUGUUGAUCAAACUCCUACUGGGCCAUUUGAAGCAAGCCCCAAUUAUGCUGUAGAUGCUGAAGGCAUGAGGCGAGGCAAGAGGGCAAAGACAACCCCACAAUUGUUUGGUUCAUUUAAGGUUGAUUCAACCAUCCACAGAAUUCAUAGACAUGACGAUUGAAUGGCGUUCUCCUUUGUUUGCAGGUACAAUAUAAACAUUAUAUCAUACAAACCAACGACAACUUUUUUGUCAAGAUAUUUAGUUGUUCUUUUGAACUAUGUUGGACUUUUGGAAGACUUCUUUAUAAAUUGGUGAUGCUUACUUUGGAAGAGGCCCCAACUCUAUAUUCCAAUCGCAUAAACCACUAAGAGGAAAAUAAUUCCUUACAUACCAAAGAGCUGUCUGAAAGAGAGUUUGCCCCAGCAUGACCUCGGCUGCUAGGAGUUACAGUUUUUGCUCGUGGUGAUCUCUACCUCUGGACAUUGGAAGAUUGGCAAUAGGAUAUGGAAUGGGAGUCUUUCAUAUGUGGUACCCAUGUUCAUUGCUGAAAUUGCUUCUAAAAAUUCACAAGCUUUGAAAACCAUAAACCAGGCUAUAGCUAAGAAAUUGGCAGAGCUUAGUGGGAAGGGAGUGACAAUAACCAUUGGAGGCGUGACUCUGUUGCUACUGUGGAAAAGGUGGUGUGAGCUUAGGGCUUCUUAAGGGAAAACCCUUACCUGGUGUUGUUGCCCUUAAUGGGGCUUAAAUGGUGUUUUUCUUUGUCAUGACUCAUGAUUUGCCUCCAACCAAACUACGGAAUAAACUAGACCUAUGGAAUGAUCAUGUACAUGUAGGGAAGUUAAGCCGUGAACAUGAUUCACUUAUGGUAAACGUGAAAGAGGUUUAUGCAUUUGAGCAAGAAUUACUUGUGCAUAUUGUCCUUUUCUAUUUAUAGAGUUUCAUAAUGCAUGAAACUGCUCGUUUAUAUUA